UCGUGCAUUUUUGAUGCAUAAAUCAAGAGCAUUACCUUUUUGUACUCAUUUCUGCCAAACACUUCAAGAACAAAAAAAUGGUGUAUCGAAAGUUGUUGAAUAAAAUCAAAAACAAAAAUAUGAUGUUAGUGGAAAAAUAGUAAUUACACUUGAUAAGCCUUGUUCACAAAAACUAAUCAGUGAUCAAAUAUGUGCACAAUACUUCAAUCUUCCAUCAGAAGCUAACUCUUUUCGACCUUAUGGUGAUCUAUUUGUCUUCGGUUUGUGCUUUUGUGCAGACAAGAUGUCGACUGAUUACAUACUUUCACAUAUAGAAGAAGAAACAAGAAGCUUUCGUGAGGCACUGCUAAAUUCUGAUGCAAACAAUUCUUCAGAUGAAAUUGUCAAUAUCAUCUCUGACAAAUCAAUAAGGACUUUGACCGAUACUGAUAGACAGGUUUUCACAGGAUUGUUUAGUGUUAUUCUGAUCAUCUCAGUGAUACUGAAUUUGAAAGCUAUAAUAACGGUUACUAGAAGGAAUUAUAGAUUCUUCCAGAAAACAUGCAUCAUUUCUCUAGCCUUCUCUGAUCUUCUCACAGUCAUCGCAUUCUCAACAAACAAUCUAGAAACUUUUUCUCAUCCGUUUAUAAACUGGACACUCGGAUCAUUUAUGUGUCAUCUACUGCCCAUGGCACAGUCUUUAGGAGUUUUUUCUAGCUCUAUGGCUCUAUUGCUGAUUGCAAUGGAUAGAUAUAGAACCAUUGUGAAAGCCAUGAACAAGAGAUGGGAUCCUAGAAUGAUAUAUUGUAUUUCUGGAGGCUUCCUCGGUUGGGUUUUAUGUGCUUGUUUAAGCGUUCCCAUGUACGUUUAUUACACACAUAUAUUGGUUCUGGUGAUAUUUCUAGACGAGAACGGAAACAUACCAGAUAAUUACCAACAAGAAGUGCUCUACAUGUGUGUUGUAGUAGACAAAGAACCAUUGAGGAAUUCGUACAUCAUAAUGAUCGUCUUUGUUUUUGUCCCACUUCUUGUGGUGUUCUUCUGGUUCUACUACAGCAUUGCACAGCUCAUUUGGCGUCACAGAAAACCAGUAGAAGCUGCAGCUACCUCAAGAACAGAAACGUCUACCACGGAAUCAACUGUUACAAAAACUGCUGACAAAAAUGGACAAAAUGUGCUAACCACCAAUCAAAAUGAACAGAUGAAGAAGAAACUGCGUACCUUCAAAGUGAUUCUAGUUCUCAUAACCACGUUUGUUGUGUGCAGAUUACCUUUUUGGGCUUUCACUACGAUAAAACUUAGCUACGUUGUUAAGGGUUAUGCUGUCUGGAGAAUCAACUGCUUGAUCAGUGCCCUAAAUUUAACGAGUACCAUUUUGAAUCCUUUAUUGUACACCUACCUUAAUGUCACUGUAAAGGUGGCUUCUAAAAUUGUCAAAGAAUUGAAUACAUUCUUAUGUUGCUUAUUUUCUGAUGACGAGUUUGAUGAAUUCGAGAAGAGGAAAGUCAUCCCUGAAGAAAAAAAUGUGAAAGUUAUACAACUGAAGAAAUGUUGAGCUCAAUACAAUAAUCAUGAAGAUGAAAUGUAUCUGUUAUAUCCU